AUUCUCCACUUUGUCUUUCUUUCUCUCUAUUCAAUUUUUUCCAAUCAAUUGAUAAUUGAUUUAAUUCCUCUCAAUUAAACUCCGAUAUAAUUUUGCCUUGAAUUCAAUUUUGAAGAUUUCUCCAAUUUCUUCAAAUGGGUGAUCAGGAAAACAGAAAAAUGAAAGGAAAGGGAGUCGCCGAAGAUAAAUCGGCCGGCGGUGGGAAAAACGGCGACGUCGAUGGCAUUACUACUAUACUGUUAAAGUUAGAUUGGCAUUGUGAAGAAUGUGCUGAGAAAGUUAGACGUUAUGUUGGUGACUUUGAAGGUGUGGAGAAUGUAAAGGCGGAUUACGAUACUGGAAAAUUGAUUGUGAAAGGGAAUGUGGAUCCCUUAUGGCUUCGGGAUACGUUGGAAGGAGAAACCAAUUGGAAGGUGGAGCUCCUCUCUGCUCAGCCCAAACAUGACUGCAGAUCCAGCUCCGGCAUUGGAGAGAAAAAACCCGAUGCGAAGGUUGAGAGAAAGGCAGAGGAGAAUAAAGCCGAAGAUAAAAAGCCCAAAAAGGUUCUAUUUAACACAAAGGUAGUUCGGGUGCACUGUGAUGGGUCUACGCAAAGAGUGAAGCGAUUUGUUAUGAAGGAACUCGCACCUUACUUGAAACCUAAAUUUAAAAGGAAAGUUGAAGGCGGUUCGGGUGGCCACAGUGAUAAGGAGAAGGAGAAAGAAGUUGUUUGUGGUGGUUGUGGUGAUGAUAGCGAUGGCAGAAAAAAGAAAGAUGGUGAAUCGAAGGUGGCAAGUAAAAUUACAGAGCCAAAGGAGAAAAAUGCAGAGGCGACGAACAAAAUGGAAUAUUACUCUGGUUGCAGUUGUCCAAAUACGUACAAUGCAAAGCCACCAAUGUAUAAUCACAACUACUACAAUCAAGAUUAUGGUGUGACAAUGCACGAUCAUGGUUAUUCUGGUCGAACUGGCUAUAUACCACCACCACCAUACUUCAUUACACCACGCGAUCAUGGUUAUGGUCGUCGUACUGGCCAUGUGUCACCGCCAUACUUCAUUACACCACACAAUCAUGGUUAUUAUCAUCGUACUGGCAAUGUGUCACCACAGCACUUCACUACACCCCGUGAUCAUGGUUAUGGUCAUCGUACUGGCUAUAUUUCACCACGUCACUUCACUACACCCCGCAAUCAUGGUUAUGGUCAUUCCAGCUAUGUGUCACCACCAUACUUAUUAACUACACAGCAUGAUAUUGGUUAUGGCCAUAGUGGCUAUGUGCCACCACCAUAUACUGCACCUCAAUGUUUCAACGAUGAAAAUCCUAACGCUUGCUUCGUCAUGUGACCUUAUUGAGGGAAAGAUCAACGUAAGUACACAGAAUUGCAGAGAUCAUAGCUUUUUUGUUAGGAAAUGCCAGGUUAGAGAGAAACAAUCAAACUACAUUUUUGUGGUUUAGUCGAUUUUUGAUCAAUUUAUUCUUUCACAUUAGAGUAAGGAAGACUUGAAUUGAAGUCAUUUUUGUGGCAAUUGCAUUCAUUGGAUUCUUGACUAUAUACAACCACUUUUAGGACCGUUAGGUUGGUUUAUUUGUUCGUUUAGGCUUAUACGUUUUUAGUUUAUGGUAUAAAUCUACUUCAUUUUUUUGUGCAA